AUGCUUGCGAGGUCGAAGGAGUCGACCAUCGAGCUAGUGCUCGAUGUGGCCAUGACUUCCCAGCCGCGGCGACAACUGCUGCAACGGACCAUCGAAGUCAUAUCAUCCAAUAUGCAUCGAACCCGCAGCCUCGUCCUGAUAGAAUCAGGUCAUUCGUUCGACAUGGGCCAUAUGGUCGUGCACCUGUCUCGCGCAUCCGCACCAGUGCUGCAGAGGUUGGAGCUCAUUGCACCACGAAACCAGUUCGGACUAUUCCGUCCCCCGUUUUCCUCCGGUAUGCCUGCCUUGAAAUCGCUCAGGGUCCGCAACCUCAUCCUGCAACACACGUCGGGUUUACUCGACACGCUCACCGAAUUGGACAUCGAUAUCGUGUACGGAGUAGCGUACAAGGAUAUGAAGAAUUGGCUAUUGGCUCCCUCAGGACUCAGCGUCUGGUCUUUUCGGGCGAAGUCUUGA